CUGGGAGGACAUCACAUGACGUCCUCCCAUUCUAACCGAGCAUGCACGGUUCCCGGAGCGCGCAGCACAGCAAUCACCGAUCCACAGAAAGAGCCGAAGAUGCUGGCUCAGUUAUGUUAUCAGCUGUGUCCAAUCACAGCUGAUCACAUAGGAGAGCCCGUAAGUGGCAUUCCGUGGAGGGGACAUGUACAGUGAUCAUCAGAGCACUGAUAAUAAGUGUGACCUCAUGAUCAGUGUAGCCCCAGCAGUGCCACCUGUCAGUGUCCAUCAGUGCCAGCUGUUAGUGCUCAUCAGUGCCACGUGCCAGUGCCCAUCAGUGCACAUCAAUGCCACAUAUCAGUACCCAUCUGAGCUGCCUUUCAGUGUCACCCAUCAGUGCCAGUCAAUGCCACCUAUCAGUGCUGCCAAUCAGUGCCAGUCAGUGCCGACUAUCAGUGCCAUUCAGUGCCAACUAUCAGUGCCAGUCAAUGCCGCCUAUCAGUGCCCAUCAGUGCCGCCUAUCAGUGCCAGUCAGUGCCACCUAAAAAUG